GGGCGCGGAGGUGGCGUGUGGAGGGCUGGUCGGCCAGCGUGGCCGGAGGGCAGAGGGCGGAGGAGGAGGCGGAGUGGAUGUGAAGCCCGACUGCAGGCCUCGUCACUUGCCGGGAGCUUGGCGUAGAGAGGGCAGGGAGAACGGGGCUGGCCACCGUGCAGGGUCCCUCGGCCCGUACUCAGGAGUCCAGAUUUUAUCCUGUUGGCCCUAGCAAGCCAGUUUUAAACGCAGGAGCGAGAUGAUUAGCAGUGGGCUUUGGAAAGAUACCAGCGGCUGUGUCCGGAGGGUUAGGCGAGCCGAGUCUUUGGAGGGGAGGCACGGCGGGAGUGGCUAACAGCACCGUGGAGUGAACUUCUCACACGCACUGCCACUCAGCACGGAGCCUGGCACACUGGGCGACUUUGAUAAAGGGCGGGGAGUGAAUUGAAAAGAUGGAGCCUGUGCCAGAGGCGGCAGAAUCUGGACCUGACAUUUGGUGCUUUCUUCACUGCAGGACCACUGAGUGACCUGAGACAAAUCCUUUCUCUCUCCAUCUUCCCUUUUCCUAAAAUGACCCCUCCUCUCCCGAGGUAAAAGGAGGACACUCCAGGGGAGGUCUCUAGAGAGCUGUUGGUCCAGUCUCAGGCCCCCCAGCGACUUUUCACCCAGCAUUCCUUGCCUGUCUGACAACCGAGUCCACCUUUGUCUGUUUUUACAGCCUUCUAAUCUUCUGCCCCUUUACAGAUCCCUCGACUUCCUAUGCUGCACCUGUGCUCAGGCUGCUGUUUUUCUUGCCUUCCUGCUGCCUCUGAACCCAUCAUGGGAUCAGGGCAUUGAACUUACCUGGCCACCUGCUUAGUAUGCCUUAUUCUCAGCCUUCCUUAAAAUAAAGUGUCCAGGUCCUGCCUCUCUGCAGCACUGUGAGUUCCUUGAAAGCAUGACUUUGUCUUACUCUUUCAUAACCCCUACAAUAUCCAGCACAAGGCCUGGUACUAAAGUAUUGUUGGGGUUUCAGGAACCAGAGUACACAUGAGCUCACUGAUUGUGUUUGCUCACCAUGCAAGGACAGCUAUGAAGAGCAGUCAGGACUGACUCCCCAUCUGUGUCAUAUUUUAAAUUUCAUUAAGCACCUUAAAAUACCCACUUCACUGACCCUUAAGGUAACCUAGAGUGGCAGUUUUUCCUGUCUCCUUUUUAUAGAUAAACCAACAUUCUGAAAGGUUCCAUAACGCUUGACUAUGGCCACAAAAGCCAGCAGGUGAUCAAGCCAGGAGAAAGAGAGGGUGGGAGGGAAAUUAGCUCUUGUAGCUCAGUAGACUGAGUUAGUAUGAGCUGGCUGUGGAUUCUUACCCCUUGUAGGGGCCCAGCACUGCUAGGCUGGAUGGCAAAUACUGUGCUUUUGUGUCUCAUCUUCAAGAAGGAAUACUGGACUUAGAUAGUACCUUCAGUUUGGCUCUCCCAUGAGCUUUGUAGCUACCAAGAGUUCUCUCCCCACCCCUUACCCCCCCCCCAGCUUUUUUUGGAACCCAAGUAUUCACACUAGGCUGCAUCUCCAGCCCUUUUUUAUUGUUUAUUUUGAAAGAGGGUCUCAGUAAAUUGUCCAAGAUGGGCUGUAACUUGUAAUUCUCCUGCCUCAGCUUCCCAGGGUGCUGGGAUUAUAGACAUGCACCGCUGUGCAUUAGUCUUUUGAAGUUUUGCCUAAGGAAACUUUAGAGAUCUGGAAGUCUCCCUGGGUUGGCCAAGCUUACCCAGCAAGUCUAGAAAGAACAUAACCCAGGAAGGGAAAUCUGGUGUUCUCAAGAUGGCCUGAUAUGAAGUACCACCUCCGGCCUCUUCAAGGUGCCCUGAGGCUGCCUUGUGCUUCCGGUGCAGGAGCUGGUUGAAGUAUCAGGAAUGGAAGCCAAUGUGACUAUCCCAAUCUGGCAAAAUAAGCCACAUGGAUCUUCUCGAAGUGUAGUGAGAAGAAUUGGGACCAACCUACCCCUGAAACCAUGUCCCCGGGCAUCCUUUGAGACCCUGCCCAACAUCUCUGACCUGUGUUUGAGAGAUGUGCCCCCGGUCCCUACUCUGGCUGACAUUGCCUGGAUUGCUGCAGAUGAAGAGGAGACAUAUGCCCGGGUCAGGAGUGAUACACGCCCCCUGAGGCAUACCUGGAAGCCCAGCCCUCUGAUUGUCAUGCAACGCAAUGCCUCAGUGCCCAACCUGCGUGGGUCUGAGGAGAGGCUUCUGGCCCUCAAGAAGCCAGCCUUGCCAGCCCUAAGCCGUACCACUGAGCUGCAGGAUGAGCUGAGCCACUUGCGCAGCCAGAUUGCCAAGAUAGUGGCAGCUGAUGCAGCUUCGACUUCAUUAACGCCAGAUUUCUUAUCUCCAGGAAGUUCAAAUGUCUCUUCUCCCUUACCUUGUUUUGGAUCCUCAUUCCACUCUACAACUUCCUUUGUCAUUAGUGACAUCACCGAGGAGACUGAGGUAGAGGUCCCUGAGCUUCCAUCAGUCCCCCUGCUUUGUUCUGCCAGCCCCGAAUGUUGUAAACCAGAACACAAAGCUACCUACAGCUCAUCAGAAGAGGAUGACUGCAUCUCUCUGUCCAAGGCCAGCAGCUUUGCAGACAUGAUGGGUAUCCUGAAAGACUUUCACCGGAUAAAACAGAGCCAGGAUCUGACCCGGAGUUUAAUGAAGGAAGAAGACCCUGCUGUGCUUAUCUCUGAGGUCCUAAGAAGGAAGUUUGCUCUAAAGGAAGAAGAUAUCAGUAGAAAAGGAAACUGAUAGCACUCCACCCUGCAAACUCAGUCUCAUGCUCCUGGAAUUUCUUCAAUAGCUGCCUUCCUCACCGCAGAUGUUUCUGCCUCUCAGUUAGGAAUCUUCUGCAACAGUCUUGCUGACACGCUAGAGCUUGGAAAGAGAAGAGCUGGAUUAUGUGUUUCCAUGCUUCAAACCUUAGCAAAAGCUAAGGUCUGUGGUUUGAGCUGAGACAUUUCUUACAGGUAAUUGUGUAGAGUGGCUUAGUUUAUGGGGUAAGAUAGAUGUUUCUUGUAUUCUCUUACCCCUCUGUGAAAAUAGGUCCUAAAUGAAUGACUUCACUGCAUUAGAUCCCAUAACUUGUCUCACAAGACACUUUGUGCCCAGCUGUCACUCACUCUCAGCAGCUUCCUUAUAGGACAGCAGGGCUUUAGGGAAAGGACUGUGUUUAUGUACAUGUUCACAAGGCAGGAAGAUCUUACACUGCUCUAUCAUAAACCUACACCAGUGCCCAGCAAUCCCCCUUCCCUGUAGUUGGAGAGGACGGGCUACUGGACCAGCCAAUACUUGGGCUGCAACUGGGAAGCCUAGGUGGUUUUUUUCUGAAGCAUAUUUUGUAAUACUGUACAACCAAAUCUACCCUCCAAGGCCAUGAAGCCUCAUCAGUUCCACUGAUUAAAAAAUUUUUCUUCCAUGGACUUUAGUUUAAGUCCAGUAGGAGAGAGAAAUGAGGAGGGGAAAGAACAUGCCAUCCUUCUUCCAGGCCCUGGAAUGACUUCUUCUUUGGGUUGGGCCAAGGUUUGCACCUACUGCAUCAUGCAUGACUCAGAUGCCCUUGGGGCCCCUUUCUCUGUGGUAUGUAUACUGUGUGUUUUUGGGUUGAAACACUACCUGGCAUUAAAUGAAGGAUUUGGAGAAA